GUUGCGGCGUCCCCCCGGCUCUAGUCGGGCGGGCUCUUUUUUUAUCGCUCGGCCCGCCCGCCUUGCGGUACCCACCCUUUUCCUCUUCUCUCCCCCCUCCCCUCCGCUACUACUACUACUACUACCCUUCUUUCCACCCCCCCCGGGGGCCCCAGCGCUCUCGGUUGGCCUCGGAGCCGCUGUUGGGCAAUGCCGUUCGUGCGCUACCGAAAGGUCGUGAUCCUGGGAUACCGCUCGGUCGGUAAGACAUCUCUUGCUCACCAGUUCAUUGAUGGGGAAUUUCUGGAAUGCUAUGACCCCACUGUGGAAAGCACUUACAACAAAAUGUUGAUGGUGGGAAAAGAUGAAUUCCACUUGCAGCUUGUGGACACUGCGGGACAGGAUGAAUACACUAUCUUGCCUCACUCGUUUAUCAUUGGCAUCCAUGGCUACGUGCUGGUCUAUUCUGUCACUUCUCUCAGAAGUUUUCAGGUGGUGAAGUCCCUGCACAGCAAGUUACACGAAAGCAGAGGGAAGACAAGGAUGCCUGUAGUGCUUGUUGGCAAUAAAGCUGAUCUGUCAUUAGAAAGUCGUCAGGUAAAGACGGAUGAAGGCCGGAAACUUGCUGAUUCAUGGGGUGCUGUAUUCUUGGAAUCCUCAGCAAAAGAAAACCAGAUGACUCAAGGUAUCUUCACAAAGGUCAUUGAAGAAAUUGAUCGUGUGGACAAUUCCUAUGGUGAACAGCGCAAUUGCACCAUAAUGUGAUGCUGCUUUCCCCAUCUGAUGCUGCUCGAGCAGUGGGCAGGUGGGGGUAAAGCACAGACCGAGGCCAAUUCAGGGCAGGUGUUGUGGCUACCUAGAACCCUGGUCAGCAGGCCUGAACCAACUUACGGGUAACUCACACACAGAUACAAUUAUACCUCAUCACUGGUCCUCCAUGGGAGGCGGCCAUGUUUUGCACAUUAGUUUGCUGGAAGCAAUCCAUGUAUGUAUUUCCUGUACAUAUAUGUAUGUGUGUGUGUGUGUGUGUGUGUGUGUGUAUAACGUAUUGCCAAAUGUUUACAGAAAUGGGAGCCACAAUAGGAUCUAGUUAUGAUUUGUUAUAUAGGGACUCGUCUGUGUAUUUAUAACAGAAUUUACAAUCAGCUCACCCGUUUACAAAAGGAACUGUUCACAACUCAAUGUAACAGAGAGGCAGCUGAAUGUAACAUUUUCCAAGUGGGAUCUGCUAAAGAACCAGUACUUUUGUUUUGAUAGUUUUGUUUUGGUGAUCGCUGAGCCUUGGACCCAGAUGCGUACGUCAGUUUUCAGUUGUAGCUCUUGCAACACGUGGCCUUAUAUUUUUUUAAUCAGGGUGAAAUUUCAUGCCGCUGCCUAGAUCCAAAGUUGGGUUUUUCUUUGCUGGAAAUCAAUGUGGCUGAGGUCUUAGCGGUGCUUAGUCAACUUUUCUUUGGUUAUAUGUAAAUAAAUAUAAACUUCAUUAAGAACGAUAUUUUUUGUGGAGGACGAGAGAACCUUUCAUUACAUUUCAGUGCGUUAAACACUGUCCUAAUUGCAUUGAGCCUCUUUGUAUAGCAGCUAUCUAGUUUGGCUUAAUAGUAUAUAUAUAUAUUUUAAAAAAGCAAUACAAAAUGGAUGCGCCCAAGCUUAACAAAUGCUUCUAUGUCUUGCCUGUAAUUGUGGCCUCUUUUUGGAGGCUUUAUGAAAUGCUGCAAAGGAGUUUGUAAGGCGGUAGCUGUAAAAGGGACUGUAAAAGUUGCAGCAGCGUUUCUCAAAACUUGGCAUCAUUAAGAUGGGGAAUUUUGCAGUUGAAAAACACACAUCUUAAAAUUGCCAAGUUUGAGAAAUGCUGAGUUACAGGAUAGAAUUAUAUAUUUCAUUGUUCUUUGGUGGGGAAAAACUGGAAAGGGAGGCAGCUUUCAUGAAUAUUUCUCUAUAAAAUCCUGUGAAACGCUGCAUGAUCAUGCUGAGGGUGCAGAAGCAAAGCUAAGAAGGAGUAAUUUGAACUGAAAAGUAACAGUUUUUGACUUCCCUUUUGCGAAGCUGCCUUUUGCCUUGAAUUAGGCAUGUUAGCUUAAUAUUGUGACAUACAUACACAGGUGUGUGUGUUUGUGUAGAUAGAUAUAAGAAUGAAAAAACGAAGCUUUUUAAGUGGUUUCUUGUUGUCUAAGACAGGGGUCUCCAACCUUGGCAAUUUUAAGACUGGCAGAUUUCAACUCCCAGAAUUCCCCAGCUGGCUGGGGAAUUCUGGGAGUUGAAGUCCGCCAGGCUUAAAGUUGCCAAGGUUGGAGACCCCUGGUCUAGGAAAUGGCCAGUCUCUCUGUUGAUCACAUGCUUAGUCUGAGCCUAAACAGCAUCCCUGUGAUUUUCCUUUGGUGUCUUUGGUUGACUCGGGCACAUUGAAGCACUGCAUUGAAUGCUGGGAAUGGGAUUCCAGAUAAAACUGAGCUUUGGACACUGAAGGGAAUGAGGGUACCUAAGCUUCAUGGACUGCAGGGUGGUGAGCCUUUGGAAACGAGCUCUCCAGUGAAGCACAAUAAACUUUAAUCUAGAAAAAGUGGGGAGAGAAUUGCUUUGAUGUUGCGCAAGGUUACGUGCAUCUUAGCAGCCAUAGUCUGAUCAAAAGCACAUCUUAUAUUUUCAUAGUUCUUCCUGCCAAAAAGCUGGCACUCUGUGCUGAGGGGACUUGAACCUUUGGCCAUCCUCACCUUUUUCUGCAGUCCCUACAAAGCUAUUUUCCAGAUGAAUUUUUUUUUUUUUAAUUUGUUGUGCCAGUGCAUAUGUUCGUUUCGGAGAUGCUGUUUUUCGGAAAAAGCUUCUGCCUUUUAAAGAAUGCAAGGCCACUAGGAAUGCUUUUAUGUAUUCAGAAUGAAAUUGGAUGCAUGGAUAGGGAAAGGAAUGGAUGGAUAUGAGAUUAUUGUUGAAAAUCCCAGUUUGGGAGGAAUAGUCUCCUUGUACAUUAUCUUCCGUUGUAAAAAUUGCUUUUUUGAAUGAGUGCUUUGAGCCAAUAGAUUUAUUGCUCUCAGAAUGAAUCCACCUGAUCCCUGUACUUGGUAGAUGGCCAUUUCAUAAGGAAUUUCUUUUGCAUUUUAUUGGGACUUUCAGGAAUUACUGUUUCUGUGUGUUGUUGCUCCAUUUGUACAGUGCUGACUAUUUUCCCCAGAACUUGUUUUGUAUUCUAAAAACCUUAACUUCAGAUUUCUUCCCUUCCCCUGUUAGGAAUCAAUGUGACUAUUAUUGCUAGCCCUAGAGGGAAAUGUAUGCAACUUUGUCCACAUCUUUGUUGUCUCCUGAUUCUUUUUCGACAGACUACAGCUAGGGUUGAAAUAUCUCACCUAUCUUAUUCUCUGGAUCCUGCAGCGUUUCCCCCAUUAAACCAGAUGGCGAUGUAGUAUCUCAACAAACCCCUGUAUUAUUGUAUAUAUUAUUGGAUAGAAAAGUAGCAAUCUGGCUGCCAGUUUAAGUAGGAAGAGAGUUGUGGAUUUCCAUGCCAAAAUAUCUCAAAUCGCAUUGCAAUAAACUAAAAUAAACUGGCAAAUUCUUUUCAUGGAACAGAGAGAAGGCACUUCUUGGCCAGAUUUAGGAUUUCUAAUUAACAAUGAACUUUCCAAACGAGGCUUCGUUUUCCAGGAGCUGAGUUUUGAGUUUAAUUUUCCUUGCACCCAUGAAGCCUUGCUUUCAAAUUGUGAGUCAACUAAGGAGAGGGAUGGGAGGUAAGCAAUAAGCAGGGUGAGGGGGGGGGGAAACGGGUGUUACCAAAUCCAGGUUCUGCCAUUCAGAAUGUUGGCCGGUUUUGCCAGCCAGCAGCUUUCUCAAGGAUUUGGAUGCUGAGGGCUUCUUUCCAGCAAUAUCACCCACUUGGAAAGUCUAGUUCAGGGCCCAGAGGAGAUGUUUAAAAUAGUUCAGGCUGCCUCUAUAAGCUCACUUAGUUGUGGAGUGCUUCCAUUGCCCAUUUGAAGAGGUGUAUGGUACAACUCUGUUACACAAGUUACAUGGUUGCUUGCCUUCUUUGGAGGAAGCCCUGAACGGGGUGAACUUCAGCUCUUUAUCUGCCCUAGAAACUAGUGUUACAAAACUGUCAUGCUUUUGAAUGCCAGUUCCCUUGGGGCUGUUUUAAUGAAGAAAAUGUAGAGUAUGUUUCCUAUGAAAUAACUGUUAAUGCUAGCUGUGAAUUACAGCGUUAUCAGCAAACCUGAAAUUUACACAGUUGGGAAAGGCUGUGUCACAUGGGUAUCUAUACCUCUUUCACUGCCAUGUCCUGUAUACUCGUGAUUAACAGGAGUGCAUCGUACAAGAUUGAAUUUGAUAAAUCCACGUGUUUCUUUCUGAAUCUAGUCAGUUUUGCGUCAGUGAAAGGCACCCUUGUAGGUGUUCUUAUGACUGGUAAGAUAUGGCUCUUCAAAUGGCUGCCAUGCAGGCCUGCUCAGUUCCCUGGCCCAAUCGGAGUUACUGUACGAUGUAAUCUAGCAUCUCUUUCUGUAAAGGUGGAACUAUAUUUUUGUUUUGCAAAUCAGUAUGAGGCUUAGGUUGCAUUGUAAGAAGCAUUUUGGAAAUAAAGAUGAUGCCAGAGCUUGUGUCUUGCUUUA